CUCCCUGGAGUGUCUCCUGAAGACUCUCGCUUCCGGUCAACCGCUGUCCUCAGAAGCGUGUCCCGUCUCUCCUACCUCCCCGGUGGCGGCUCCGGUGGUGGAGGCAGUAGACAGUAGCGGCAGCAGCUACUGUGCACCUCCUGUCAUCGUUGGCAGGCAAGUCCCCUGGGCGGCCCAACUGGACGUGGCCGAGCCGAAGCCCAGGGGCGACGGCGAUGAUGAACUAUAGCGCGAGGGAUGAGGUGGACGGCUGGCCCACGGGCCCUCCUGGGGGCGCUGCCAAGACCUGGAGGCUGUAUAACACGACUUUCAAACAUCAAUGGCUGCCCGACUGGCAGCCCAUCCUGAUGGCCGGCACGGUGCUGCCCACCUUCUUCAUCAUCGGCCUCAUCUUCAUCCCCAUCGGCAUCGGCAUGUUCGUCACCUCCAACAACAUCCGUGAGAUCGAGAUUGAUUACACUGGAACGGAACCUUCCAGCCCCUGCAAUAAAUGUUUAUCUCCAAAUGUGACAUCUUGUGCUUGUCUCAUUAAGUUCACACUGGAACAGUCGUUUGAGGGCAAUAUGCUUAUGUUUUAUGGACUGCCUAAUUUCUACCAAAAUCAUCGUCAUUAUGUGAAAUCUCGAGAUGAUAGCCAGUUAAAUGGAGACUCUAGUGCUUUGCUUAAUCCGAGUAAGGAAUGUGAACCUUAUCGAAGAAAUGAAGACAAACCGAUUGCUCCAUGUGGAGCUAUUGCCAACAGCAUGUUUAAUGAUACAUUAGAAUUGUUUCUGGUUGCCAAUGAAUCUGACCCCAAGCCUAUUCCAAUUCCUUUGAAAAAAAAAGGUAUUGCUUGGUGGUCAGAUAAAAAUGUGAAAUUCAGAAAUCCACCUGGGAGAGACAGCCUCCAAGAAAAGUUUAAAGAUACAACAAAGCCAGUAAGCUGGCAUAAACCAGUAUAUGAGCUAGACCCUGAUGAUGAAAGUAAUAAUGGAUUCAUAAAUGAAGACUUUAUUGUUUGGAUGCGUGUGGCAGCAUUUCCUACUUUUUGUAAGCUGUAUUGUCUCAUAGAGCGGAGAGAUGAUUUACACCCGACAUUACCAGCCGGGCAGUACUAUUUGAACGUCACCUACAAUUACCGUGUGCAUUCUUUUGAUGGACGGAAACGGAUCAUCUUGAGUACUAGUUCAUGGAUGGGAGAAAAGAAUCCAUUUUUGGGAAUUGCUUACAUCACUGCUGGAUCCAUCUACUUCCUUCUGGGAGUUGUACUGCUAGUAAUUGAUGAUAAAUAUAGAAACAGUAGUAUUGCUUACGUCACCAUUUAA